AUGUCGGCCAGCUCCGUGUUCCCCAUGUGUGUGCGGGCGAGCCGGGGCCUCCUGCGGCUCCGGGGCGGCGCGGCGGCCGCCUCCUCCCCGGCCACGGCCCACAGCGUGCGGAGCCUUUCCUCGGACAAGCCGGCGUCCGGAGCGGGCGGCGCCACGGGCGGCCUGGCCCAGGCGAUCCUCCAGGAGCGGCUCCAGCAGCAGAGUCAGGGUCAGCCUCCUCCUGAGGGAGCGGAGGGAGAGAAGGAGGGAGAAAAGAAGGAGGACAAGAAGCAGAAUGAAAACACGGCCUACGCCAAGAAGAUAGUCCUACGGUUGGCGGGACUCAUGGGAAUAGGGGGGGCGGUCGGCAUCGUCUACAUAUUCGGCUCCAACUCGGUGGACGAGCAAGGACACAUAAUUCCAGAUGAGUUCGACAGAGAGCCUCCAGUCGUGCAGCAGCUGAAAAGAACCUUCAAGUACUUUCAGGACUACAGACAGAUGAUCAUCGAGCCAACCAGCCCGAAGCUGCUGCCCGACCCUCUGAAGGAGCCGUACUACCAACCUCCGUACACUCUGGUGCUGGAGCUCACCGACGUCCUGCUGCACCCGGAGUGGUCGCUGGCGACAGGUUGGCGGUUUAAGAAGCGCCCGGGCAUCGAGUACCUCUUCCAGCAGCUGGCGCCGCUUUACGAGAUCGUCAUCUUCACGGCAGAGACCGGCAUGACAGCGUAUCCUCUCAUCGACAGCAUCGAUCCUCAGGGUUUCGUGAUGUAUCGUCUCUUCAGAGAUGCAACACACUACAUGGAGGGACAUCAUGUCAAG